UUGCAACCGCAAUGAUUCGACGCGAGUUCCAUGUGCGCAACUGAGCUCUGGCUGGGUCGCGCUGUUUGCUCCAUCUUGAGUAGAAUAUUAGCUUGUGGACUGUGUGUGUAUAAUUGUGCGUUAAAAAUCCGAUGUUUACAGUUUAAAGUGUGUAGAAUUUGAUACGAGAAAUGUCUUCGAAUAAUCAGAAGCUAUCGACCACGCAACGCAUGAUACAAGCCGUUCCGUUCCCGCCGAGUUCCAAGUUAACUGUAGCCGAAGUAUUCGAUACGCGGACGCAUAAGCCACGGCCGGAUGUGCUAAAGCAACAUUUUAUCCUCGAGGGACGGAUCGACGAGCAGGCCGCCCUCAAGAUCAUCAAUGAUGGGGCUGCACUUCUUCGCGCCGAGAAGACCAUGAUUGACAUUGAAGCACCAGUUACAGUGUGCGGUGACAUUCAUGGCCAGUUUUACGACCUCAUGAAAUUGUUCGAGGUUGGAGGUCCUCCGGCUAGUACAAAAUACCUGUUUCUUGGUGAUUAUGUGGAUAGAGGAUAUUUUAGUAUAGAGUGCGUGCUGUACCUGUGGGCCCUUAAGUUGUGUUACCCAACAACGCUGUUCCUUCUUCGUGGAAACCACGAGUGUCGUCACCUUACCGAAUACUUCACUUUCAAACAAGAAUGUAA